AUGUCGGAUCUAACAUGGCGCACACGAGGCGAGGCCAAGCGUCAAUCCAUCCUCGAUGCCAUUCCUGAGAAAUGGCGAUUGCAGGACCCCAUUCCUCCAGCCACCGAGCUCCGCGAUGUCACAGGGUAUAUUCGACAAUACCUGACAGACCGCGAGAUUGAGAUAACAGAGAAAGACGCAGUAGACAUUGCAGCCCAAACUACCACUGGAACCUGGUCGGCCGUCGAAGUUACAGAAGCCUUCUGCCACCGAGCUGCCCUUGCCCACCAACUUGUAAGCUGCCUCCACGAAAUCCUCUUUGAAGCAGCAAUCGACGACGCAAAGGCUCAAGACGCCUACUUCGAAAAACACAAAAUGCCCAAAGGCCCUCUCCACGGCCUCCCAAUAAGUCUCAAAGACCAAUUCCACAUCAAAGGCGUGGAGACAACAAUGGGCUACGUAGGCUGGAUCAACACCUUCCAAGGACUCUCCAACGACCCGCGCCGCUGCACAGAAGAAAGCGAGCUAGUCCGCGAACUACGCAACCUAGGCGCAAUCCUCUACUGCAAGACCAGCGUGCCUGCAACGCUCAUGUCCGGAGAGACCGUCAACAAUAUCAUUGGCUAUACCUGGAACCCCAAGAACAGACUUCUUUCUUCGGGUGGUAGUUCCGGCGGGGAAGGGGCGCUUAUUGCGCUGCGUGGUUCGCCGGGAGGCUUUGGAACUGAUAUCGGUGGUAGUGUGCGUAUUCCGGCGGGAUUUAAUGGGCUUUAUGGGCUGCGUCCUUCUGCUGGGAGGAUUCCUUACCAGGGUGCUGCGAAUUCCAUGGAUGGACAAGGCACUAUUCUUUCUGUCAUUGGGCCGUUGGCUACUACUGCUAGGUCUUUGACUAUGCUUGUCAAGGCUGUUCUUUCUCAGAGUCCUUGGUUGCAUGAUCCCCUUGCGCUGGAGGUGCCGUGGCGGGAUGAUGUUGUUCUGCAAACUAGGGCUUUGGUUGAGAAAUCUGUUGCGGGGACUGAUUCGGCGCUGGCUUUUGGUGUUAUGAAAUGGGAUGGUUUAUGUCCUAUUCAUCCGCCUAUUGCCCGUGGUAUUGAGAUUGUGGUGAAGACUUUGCAGAGGCUUGGUCAUCGAGUUGUUGACUGGAAGCCUCCUUCCCAUUCUAUUGCUGUGAAUUUGUGUGCCAAGACAUUCGAUAUGGACGGCGGCGCGGACUUUAGACAUCAUUUCGGUCUAUCUGGCGAAGAGCAGGCUCCGCAGGUAAUCGUUACAAAAGACGGCAAGGAAAUGAAUAUUUCUGAGCUAGCCGAGCAUAAUAUCGCAAAGCGCGUCUAUCAGAAACAGUACAUGGAUUACUGGAACAGCACAGCCGAGCUCACUGGCACAGGCCGACCUGUGGAUGGAGUGUUCUGUCCCCUGGCACCUCACGCGGCCGUCAUUCCAACUCAAUACGAGUAUGUUGGAUAUACUGGCUUUGUUAAUGUGCUAGAUUAUACCAGUGUGGCAAUUCCGGUUACUUUUGCUGAUAAGUCAAUCGAUGUGCGUUCGGUUGAUGGUUCGACAGAUGGUGGGAAGCAUAUCAAGUGCGAUUACGAUGCUGAAACAUACGAUGGCGCUCCAGUUGGGGUGCAGUUCGUUGGCAGAAGAUUGCAAGAGGAGAAGAUGCUGACUUUGGCUGAGUACCUGGGUGAAGAGAUUGCGCAAGAGGCGAAAUGA